AUGGCUCACCGAGUCGCAUGCUGCAGCGGCCUAGCAACAACAACUCCUGCUGGUGCCAUUCUUCCGCGCGCCACAUCAGCACGCACUCUGGAUCUCCGCCGCUCUCUGCUUUUCGCAACCUUCCCCAGCGCCAUCGCCCCGCACAUAUCCGCCUCCUUCCCCGCUCGGCGCGCUUCAGCCACCCCCCGCGCGUCUCAGUCUUCUGCCGACGCCGCCACGCGCACCACUGGCGCGCAUGCGCCUUCUUCCGCCACGAAUUCCCCAGAGUCUGCGGAAGCAUCCGCGCGAGAGGCUGCCGCGUUAGAGGCCGCGACGGCACGCGUAAUAACCCUCUCGAGCCGCGAAGAAUAUGAUCGGCUGAUGGCGGAGGCUAAGAACAAAGGGCGACUCGCCGUAGUGGAGGUUACUAUGUCUACCCUCCCAAACACCGACCGGAUUUACCAUACCCUCGUGGAAACUGCGCGGUUGUUUCCGAACGCGGUGUUCCUGCGCAUUUUCGCGGACAAGGGCGCGGAGCUGCGCGGGUUGGCGCAGAGCAUGCAUUGCGCGCGCGUGCCGUCGUACGUGCUGUUCCGCGAGGGGCAGCGCGUGCACGAGGACGCGGGGAUGGACGCGGAGCGGCUGCGCGCGGAGCUGCUGUACUACUCCGCGGAAGGGCCCGUGCUGGAGGUGCACUCCGCGGAAGAGUUCCGCGCGCUCAUUGAGGGCUCACGGCGUACGUUCCCGCGUAGCUGCUGUACUUCCGCGGCGCCCGUGCUGGAUGUGCACUCCGCGGAAGAGUUCCGCGCGCUCAUUGAGCUCAAUCUCUCCCACCUCACCCUCUCACUUAACCCCACAGACCCACAAGGACACGGACAUGCUGUUGGUCAUCCAAGCAACGGUCACCUUCUGAGACCCGUGUGUGCUCAUCCACCACCAUAUCCCCUCCCUGCCAUAUCCCCUCCCUGCCAUAUCCCCUCCCCGCCAUACCCCCUCCCCGCCAUACCCCCUCCUGCCAUACCCCCUCCCUGCCAUACCCCCUCCCUGCCAUACCCCCUCGCCGCCAUACCCGUUCCCACAGACGCACAAGGACACGGACAUGCUAGUGGCGCAACGUAG